AUGAACGGCAAAAUGCUGAAAGCGAAAUUCAAAUCUUGUGCUGCAUGCGCUCCUCGAGACUACGACGCCGUUGAUGUCACAUUGGAUUGUCCAGGACAAGACCCGCCACAGGUUACAAAGACUAUCAUAAAACAGGCUGAAGUAUUAGCCGCAGGAGCUGCAGCAGGACAUGCUGAAAAAUCCAACAAUGUGGAGGCAUUAAAUCUCACAGCACGCUUAUAUGCCUGUGAUAGAACCGCUAAGAGAACAUCCAGCAUGUUGUUCAGCGCUUCGCUUUCUUGA